AAUAUGGCAAAACCUCGCCAGCGCUCAAAGCAGAAAAGUGGAAGCUACAGACCAACGAAAACUACGUCGAAUAAGGGACACAGGAAGACAACGCUGAAGAAUGUGCCUGCAGAAUUGGCUAGACAGUGGGACAAGAGCAAAACUCUUCGUGAAAACUAUGCUAGAUUAGGAUUAGCUAGUAACCUCAAGAUGCACGCCGUUGGUGGUGUAGAAAAGGAGUUACCAUCGAAAAUGCAGCAGAAGGAAGACAGAUCUGAUGACAACGAGGAGUCAGAUGCACAGAAGAAUACAGCAGCUCAAAUGGGUCGGAUAGUCAGAGACGAUGAAGGAAACGUCGUAGAUGUUAUUAUCGACGAACCAUCCGACAAGGGGAAAGCAAAGGAAACGCCAUGGGGUCAACCACUCGACAGUGCACAUAUAGAGACACCAUCCGUACCGCUCACAUUCGACGAUGAGAGAGAAGACAAGACUUCGUCAAACACCGACGUCGUAAAAUUACUCGAAGCCAAGGCAGCAACGGCUCGCCCAGUUGGAAGAAACACCUCAGCUGAUGAAUGGAAAUGGCUUAUCAAAAUUGUUAAAACUCACGGAAGAGAUCUUGAGGAGGCAAGCAGAGAUUUGAAGAUAAACACCUGGCAAAAAACCAAAGGCGAGUUGUCUCGAGCCGUUAAACGUGCUGGUGGUUUCGAAGUACUCGAGCAAGCGGCACAGAAUGUAGAAUAAGAUGCAAAUACAAUAAUUUAUUCCAUUUUCUUUCUAUACAGCUUUAUCGCCCUUCCUGGACGAUUCUUCAUUACGUUGGCGCUCAGCCUUCUCUCGUUUUCUCUUUUCUAGACCGGCUUUCACCAUGUUGUGAGGUGUGAGCAGUCUUUCCCACUGCUUGCUCGUGAAAUUAACCGGCGAACCCAAACCGGAGUAUAUUAGGGUAUCGUAGACCAUACUCCCUAGGAAAGAACCCAUGAGGGAACCACAAACUGGUCCUGUCACCCACCAGGCUCUAUCGUGUGUCCACAGCGCUCUUGCAUUGUAGCCUACGCAGGAUAAAGCGAUUCGAGGACCAAGAUCUCUUGCUGGAUUCAUCGCAUAUCCAGACAAAGCGCCCAGUGAAGUCCCUAUAGCCAUAAUCACGAAAGCAAUGACGAGAGCACCGAGUCCAGCACCAGGUGGGGUGUUAUCGCGGUCACCAAGAGCUAGAAUUGCAAUACUGGGUUGUUAUAAGUAAAUGUGACUCUUCUAUAAAGUAUACUCACCUCAAGACAGCGCUAGCAAUUAUCUCUUGGAAAACACAAAGACCAACAUGUGAGAGACUAGUUGCAGGCAUAGUGACGAAAAGACCAGCUGUCCCACUCUGGGAGACAGACUUGUUGGGGUCAAACACAUCCAGUGCUUGGUAAUACAUCGCAUAUACGAUAAGACCGCCUGCAAAACAUCCCAAAAUUUGUGCUAUCCAAUACAAUCCAACAAGUUUCCAGGGAAAACCUCUAAAGAGUGCCAAAGAGGUCGUUAAUGCUGGGUUGAGAUGUCCACCGGAAAUACCACCAGAGAUGUAGACGCUUGUCAUAACGGCAACACCCCAAGCCCAGUUGAGAUUAGAGUAUGCUGCUGUGGGAUCCUUGGUGUAAACCAAUGUCUGAACAGUUGAUCCCACUCCAAUAAUGAUUAAUAUACAAGCACCUAAGAAUUCAGCCAAUGGUUCACGAAAAUUUUCACGCCACUUGAACCAGAAAUUAUAGAUUGGUUCAUUCGGGUUAUCGAAUUUCUCUUGGGUCUCAUCCAUAUCAAGCCAUUGUGAGUGUAAGUUACCUCCGAUUUGUCCACUAGGACUUGCGUUUUCAUUUGCUGUACUACCGUCAUUCUCGUUGAGCUCUCGAUCACCCAUUCGCUUAAAGGUUGACUCUGUAUUCUGAUGAGUGAGAUCUGGUUUCGAGUUGUCGAUAUCCUGGGCUUUAUCUUCGUCUGUCGCAUCUGUAAUGACACCGCCUACCUGUCCACCUGUCUGUCCGAUAGGGGAGCGCACAGAAUCGUCAUUAUUCUCACCAACACUUGGAUGCUUGUCCUCCUGCUUCUCGUCUGUCCGAUCAGGCAUGGGGCCACCUACACCAAAGACUGGCUUGCUUUUGACUCGACGCAUACGCUCAUCAUGUAUAGCCUUCGCAUCUGGUCGCAUCGCUUCCACACGUCCUGAGUAUUGCUGUUCAUUGUGACUUUGCCCUGCUCUGUGAUUAUCUUGUGAC